AUGGCCGAAUUUUGUGGUAUUAGAGGUACUUUCACAUCAAUUACGCUUGAUCUUUUACCUAAGAUCUCGCAAACUCAACUGUCUACCGGCGCCGGAAUUUCUAAGUUCUGCGAAGAUAUGGCUGAUCUACUCCAGAAAGCUAUUCAAGCUAUGUCCUUGGAUGAGGAGGAGCCUUUAACCCUGCCUGAUAGCCCAAGAUUCAGAGUUUUCGAUGAGAAUGAGAUGAGCUUGUUGGGAAGGUUGCUGAACCCUGAUUGUCAAUCUAUGGCGAGGAUGAUAGAAUACAUGCCUACGGCAUGGAGGGUUUAUGGAAGAGUCCGUGGAAUUGCUCUGUCUCGAGACAGAUUUCAGUUCAUCUUCCAGCGAGAAGAAGAUCUUGUGACAGUGCUAAAUGAUAGGCCGUGGUCUUAUAAUCAUUGGGCGAUGGUUUUGGAACGUUGGACUGCUAACCCUCCGGAGAACUUCCUCCAAUCCAUGCUAAUAUGGAUCCGUAUCAGGCAUAUACCGGUCAACUUCUUCACUAUUGAGACCAUGUAUAAGCUUGCUUCUGAGGUUGGGAAAGUAGAAGAAGUGGCGUAUGAUCCGAAGGUUUCCCACACCAAGGACUACAUUAGAGCCCUGGUCUUGUUCGAUACUAAUAACCCAGCUAAGGCUGCACGUAAACUCACAGUCAAAGGAGGUACGGUUACCGUUGAGUUUGAAUACGAGAAGAUCCACAAACGUUGUUUCCAUUGCUUGCGGUUGUCUCAUGAGAAAGCUAAAUGUCCUUAUAUUAAAAGGGGAACCAACAGGACGCAGCAGGCUGCUGAACCUGCAAGAGUGGAAAAGAGAGGACCUACAAUAUCGGAACCUCUAAGUGGUCCUCCAGGAUUUCCAGUGUUGUUUCCGGAACUCUCAGGUGAAGAUCGAAAAAUGGCAAUGCUCUACAUAUCACACGCUGACCCGACUGAGCGAUUAGCUAGGAUUGAGCGUGUCAGGCAAGGUAUUGCAGAUAACUUAGCCUCAUCAUCUGUCCAUCUGACCAGGAUCACUAAGGAAUUGGAUAAAGGAAAAGGACAUGUAUAUUCCUACAUGGAGCUUCUGGCAUCACAGCAGGGCGGCACCUCUCUUCAAAUUGCUGCUCCUCUGAAUCUUGGAGGUGAUAGAAGUGAGAAAGAAUCAGAGUCAUCUGACUCUAUGUCCUCUGCUUUUUCCGCUCCCAUAGCUCAGAUGGGUUUUCAGCUUGGCCCUUCUUCGGAAGGGCGUGUCAUCGGAAGUUCUGGAGCAAACAAGGGUCAGCGAAGACGACCACAUUCAUGGAGGAGGAAAGUCGCGGGCAAGAAGCUGAAUGUACCUGCUCUACCAGCUCUCAGAAACGAGGAAGAGACAAGCUUGAAUUCAAAACGGAAAGCUGUUUCUCCUUUGGCCUCGACAGAAAACAAAAACAAAAAACUCUCAGAAUCUACGGUGGCUUCCGGUUUGAAGCCGCUGCCAUCCCAAUGA